GUGGCGGAGCGUGGAGGGCUGACGAAAGCGUAUGAUAUUCCCGGUUGUUUUAUUAUGUGUCCGCCCAGUAUGUUCAUCUGGGAUAAAAUAAAAGGCAGAGUUAUGGCCGAUAUGCGCGGAGUUGGAGUGAGGUCAUGCUACUUCCCGUUAUUCGUAUUAAAACAACUCCGUCCUGAGGUGGUUUCAUCUGAGGAGUGUUUGCCUGGGGUAGUCACCAAAGCUGGGGAAUCAAAACUCAACGAGUUCAUGG